AUGAAUUCAAAUCAGCAUGAUUUAUAUCAGCGAUAUCAUGAUGUUAUUGUAACAGAUAAUACUUUGAGAACAAAUAAGUAUUCAAUGGCUCUUUGUUUGUUUGUUGUUUUUGAACAAUUAUUAAAUGCAAAUGAUAAAAUUUUACCAACAGUUCUUAUAAGCAAUGCAGAUACAGGACUUGAUGCAGCAGUAAAAACCUUUUUAUCUACUAUAAAACAUAUUCACUAUAUAUUUCAUAUUCGACAAAAUUUGGAUCGGCAUAUUCAAAGUUUUUUAGGCAAAAAUUAUAAUGAAUUUUUAGCUAAAUUUUAUUUAGCUUAUAAUAGUUUAAAUGAAGUUAUUUUUAAAGCUAGGUGGAAUCAAUUAAUUGAAUUAUUUCCUUUUACCAAUAGCUAUUUAAUGGAAAUGCUAGAUAAAAUUAAAGAAUCAUGGACAAAAACAUUUAUUUGCACAGAUAUCGAACAAGAAAAUAGUCAAGAUAUAAAUGAUCAAGCUGAUAGAGCACAAAUUUCAUUGAAAUCUCUUGUUAUGAUUCGUAGUACAGAGACACAAUUUAAUAUUUCUUUAAUUAGAAAGCGAUGGUUUAAAUUAGAAAAUCAAUCUGAUAAUGAUAAUUCUGAAGCUAAAUCUAGUCUUAUAUGUGUAGAACAAGUAUUUAUGAAUAUUAACGGAAACUUUUCAUAUAUUGAUAUAUCACAAUCACUAACAGUUCUUGAUAUACUUAGAAAUAAGGGCUCAAUGGAUGAUAUUAAUUUAAAAAUUACAGCAUGUUAUUUAUAUAGUGAUUUAUUUGAACUUGGCUGUAAAAUAGCUCAAGUUGCUACUGAAAAACAACAAUUUGAUGUAUUAGAAGUCUUCAAUUAA